AUGUUCUGGCGCUUUGGCGGCUACGCCAACAUCUCCACCCUCGACUCCAUCUUGGACAAGCCCGAUGUCACCAUCGAAGAGCUGCUCGACGAGUCGGACUUGAUCCAAGAGCUGAAGCAGCAAAACUCCAAGCUGAUACAGUAUCUGCGGGACGACAAGAUCUUGGAGCGCCUGCUGCAGUUCGUCAUUGCUCCUCCCGCCCCGCCCCCGCUGCAAUCGCCUGCAUCCGAGAAUGGAGCCGAAGGGGAAGGCGAUGAGAAGGGCGGUGCGGACAUCGGCGCUUUCUUCAAGAGAAGAUCACGGUCAAGGUCCAUCAAGUCCGACUCGGGCGACAACGAAGAGGGCAAGGAGGAGAAGCAGCGCUUGAAGUACGCCUACGUCGCUUGCGAGAUCCUGUCGUCCGAGGUCUGGUCCAUCUCCGAGGCCGUCCUCGAGAACCAGGCCGCACUGCGCAAGUUUUGGGAAUACCUCAAGCACCCUGCACCGCUGGACCCCGUGCAAGCCGGCUACUUCACCAAGGUCAACGAGUCUCUGCUGGACCGCAAGACGCAUGACAUGCUUGAGUUCUUCAAGUCGAUUGACAACAUUGUGCCCGACAUGCUUCAGCACGUCGACUGCCCCAUGGUCAUGGACCUGUUGCUGAAGAUUAUAAGCUUGGAGAAGGCUGAUGGAGGUCAGGGCAUCAUCGACUGGCUCCAACAACACGAAUUGAUUCCCACCCUGCUAUCAUUCCUCUCCCCAGACCACAAUGCUUCAGCUCAGACAUCCGCCGGUGACUUCCUGAAGGCCAUCAUCACCAUUUCCGCCAACGCUACCACCCAGGAUCAGACUGUGAUUGGACCGAAUGAAUUGACGAGACAGCUGGUUUCUGACCCCUGCAUCAAGCGCCUCAUCACUGAGAUGCUACGAGGUGGCAAUCCUUUGACCGUUGGCGUGGGCAUCGUCAUCGAAGUCAUCCGGAAAAACAAUUCGGAUUACGACAUGGAAAACCAGACGGGCCCUGUCCCGCGAAGCUCUGACCCCAUCUAUCUCGGAACCCUCCUCCGCCAAUUCGCGAACCAUGUGCCCGACUUCAUGGCUUUGGUCAACAAUGCUACCGAGACGGUCACGAACGAAGAUGGAACCACGACUACGAAACAACGUGAAUUGAAGGCUGCAUUCGGUGGCAAGAUUGAGCCUCUUGGUUUUGACAGGUUCAAGACCUGCGAGCUGAUGGCAGAGCUUUUGCAUUGCAGCAACAUGGCUCUUCUGAAUGAACGCGGAAGCGAAGCUGCCGUAAGAGCCAGAGAUGCCGACAGAGAGCGCUUAAAGGCCGAAGGCAAGCUCACAUCGGCCAAAGAGGGCGAAGAGCACUCGGUGCUUGACAAUGAAUUCGGCACCAGUGUCGACAGCCAUGGCUUCCAUCAUGCACGCGCUCCAUCAAGCGAGGCUCCCGAGGAAGUCAAGAAGCUCGAAGUCCAGAACAACGUCAAGGAUGAGGACUUUGAAGAAGUUGCCGCCUCGGAAGCCGAGCCUGAGGAGGGUAAGGAGGGUGAGAAGGCCGAAAUUGGCGAGCCUCUGGAGAGAUCACCCAAGCUACCUCCCCGUGCUCUUCAUACUGAGAAAGAGCCAGAGCUCGUCGACGAACCGUUGUCGGAUAAGCCAGCCGCUCCUGCAGCGAGCGAGGAAGCGGAUUCCCCAACAGCUGCUAGUCUGACGGACAAGGUCGGUGGCCUCGAUCUAGAGAAGAAAGAGGACGCUACCAUGACGGACUCCUCAUCUACUGAGAAGGCAGAGGGAGAGGCAGACGCCAGCAAGCAGUCUGUGUCUCUCUUAACACAGCAACUCAACCAAACGAGCGAGGCAAAUGAGACUUCCGAAGCCAUUUCACCUCGUCCUGAGGACAAGCCCGCUCCGCUUUUCUCCAAGAAGUCUGAGAACGGUGACGCAACCAAGAGUACGGAUGAAGCUGCGGGCACCAACCCCGCCGAAGACGAGCUGCUUUCGGAACAGCCUGUUGAUUUCUCGAGCUCACAACGGUCGCAAUAUGAAGUUGACGUCGAUGGGACACCCGUCGUCGGCGACUUGCUCAAGAUCAUGUUUGUUGAGCACCGGGUUGUUCCAACGAUCCUUGAUUUCUUCUUCCGCUUCCCGUGGAACAACUUCCUCCACAACGUUGUGUAUGACGUUGUUCAGCAGGUUUUCAAUGGCCAGAUGGAGCGUGGCUACAACCGUGCUCUGGCCAUCGAUUUGUUUGAGACUGGCAGGAUCACGGAGAGGAUCAUUGAAGGCCAGCAGGCCAGUGACAAGUCUCAGGCCGAGACCAACAUGCGUCUGGGCUACAUGGGUCAUCUGACUUUGAUUGCAGAAGAGGUCGUCAAGUUCACCGAGAGACACCCUCCGGAGCUUCUUUCGCUGUCCGUCCUUGAGAAGGUGAUCAACCAACAGUGGACCGACUACGUCGAACACACGCUGGCAGAAACCCGUGAGCGGGACAACGCCAUUCUUGGAGGUGUCCGUCCAGACAUGGCUGUGGGGCCGCGCCAGGCCGUACUCAACGCCGUCAACGCAGCUUCAGGGUUCGGCAACUCUUCUCUAGCCAGCGCCGGCCUGGGUGGAAACGGCUCUGUCGGCCUAGACAGCAUGGAGCUCACUGGCUCAGGAGGCGGAUACGGCCUCAGCGGCGGUAGCCUGCUUAGCGGCUUCAACAACUCAAGCGACGAGGAAGACGAGGACAUGGAGGAGGGCGAGGGCGAGCGGCAGACAACGCCGCAUGUGAGCGACUCGGACCAAGUGGGUGAACUCUCAUUUGAAGACGUUGAGAUGGAGUAUCGAUGA